UCUUUUUCGUUCGCGAUUAUUCUCUGAUCGAGGAACGCGGGGGCGAUUACGUUUUGAUUAUUACCACCAUUCAAACUGGCUGUUCAGCAAAACAUGGCAAGAAUUUGCGAUAACCGUAGCCUUAUUCGAAAUUGGGGAUUGCCUUCAUCAGUUUAUUGAUUCAGGUUUGCCUAUAUAACCUGGGAGGAAUAUAAUAAAGUACAUUCUUGCUCUGUUUUCAGUUGAAGUGCCUUAUAUCGUAGUAGGUCCAUGCUUAUAUGCAACUCUUGGUCGGUGGAAAUUUUUGUAGACCAGCGCUUUCUGACUACAAUAUAAUAACCGGAUCAGUUUCAACUUUCGGUUUCGUUCGUCGUGAUUUUGCUUUUAUCUCGCCGCUAUUUCAGUAUACCGGAAACAUUUCUUAAAAAUAUUUGAUUGCCGCAGACUCUGCUGCGCUUGACGACUUGGGGCUUGACUUUUCGUUCUUGGAUUCCUCGCCACAGGACUCUCUUACUAGCCCAAGUCCAAACAACGGAUUUACAAACGUAGACGCAAUGGACGCUAUGGAGGCAGAUUCCACGAAAGGAGCCGCUUUCCAGUUAAGUCCGGAAUACUUGGCUCUUAGGAGUCCCUCCAGCGACCCAAUGCUUAGCGUCAUGUCACCGAUGGCUCCACAGGCCCACCCUGUCCACGUCGUCAGUCCCGAUGAUGAUGAGAGGAUUGAUAGCAGUCUAGCAGAGAGUGAACCCAUGCGGGUGAACUCAGAGGAUGUCAGAGUAACGCUGAUGGCGGACCCUAAUGCCCUUAGAGAGAGCCUUGGAUCCGUUGAAUUGGAUGGAACCAGAAAUGCCUCAAUGCAGUCAAAUGACCACUCACAGGGACAUGCGGCUAGUAGAAUGGCUACACAAAGACAGGCUCUACCGGACAGCAGUCAAACCCUAACCUCAUCCGGUACCUCAGCAAACGGCACAACCGCAAAAGGUGAAAAGUACUUCACAAAUUACAAGAUGCCGGAAGAUCACCACUUUAAGGUAAGCUUCAAGUUCAUGUCCAAACUUUUCCUAGAGAAAGUCGUCACCAAGAAGGGAGGAUGCUUUCUCCAUUAUCAGCCAUCAGACCAACCUCCUAUCCCUGUACCAGCUGAGGUAGAUAGGAUACAGAUUGCGGAACAGGGCGGCUCCCUGGAAGAGUUCCUUUGGGUCAACGAGAAGCAGAAGCUAUUGACCGAGAAGGUCUUGAAGAGCUUCCAUCGAGGACUUGAGUUUUACUCGCGAGAAGGGAACAUCUACGUGAAAAGACUUUCGGAUACCAAGCUAUUUUGGCAAAGCACUCAGCAAGAACCCGGUAUAGCCAAAGAGCUGAAUAGGAAUGAGGAGACUGAGGUCUUCAAUAUGGACAACUUCCGGGAAACCUUGACAGCUAGCGUGGCCUUGAGGGAUUUCGAGAAAUUAAGACUGCCUGCAAUCUGGUUCAGCUUUGCCCAGAAAUGGGACAGGGAGUCGUCGCCAAUAACAACAAAGUUAGUAUGGGCCAGGGUUGAUCCUACACGAGCUUGUGAGAUGGUGGAGGUCGUCAAACCUAAUGUCAGGUCCACUGAGAGUCUGGAAUCAGUACACACCGGCCUUUUUCUCUUUUCCAAUGAAGCCAGUCAAAGUGUUCCACAGUGAUAAUUCCGUUUCAAAUUCUCUAUUUCCGUUGGGAAAAACAUAGGAAUUUAUACCUUUAUAUACACGUAAAAGCAAAUGGUCCAUUCAUGUAUACAUAAAAGACACACAUUCAGACUGUGAGAAUUUAAAGAAGGGGAAAAGAGGUAAUUAUAGAUUGCUUUUGAUUUUUGACCUAGCAGAUACCAGAAAUCAACAAAGAACAAAAAAAAAAUCAUAUAUUUUGACAAAGUAACAAUUGGUGCUAAGUUGCAAAUGUGCAUUAUAUAAUGGUUAUAAUUCUGGUUGAGAGUAUAACAAGUCAGAUUCAGAUUUAGAUUCCAGUUUUAUAUUCCAAAUAUAACUAAGAAUUAAUACACAAACACACCAAAGUUUGUCACUGCAGUGUAUCACCCUCUCUGUAUGCUUGGAGAUGUAGUGGUGUAUGACAAAUGUCAUCUCUCUAGUAAGGUUGGUACCCCGUCCCCUAUGAGACUAGUGACCUUUCAAUAAAUGGUGGGACCUGCCCCUCGACACUACGUUCAGGUGAACAUUUACACAAAUAAUACAAUCGUUUCUCAUUACGUCACACCAUGCCCAUUUACUUCUAGCAUUUGCUAUAUUUCUCGAUUUGCCUUUUUUAAAUAAUUUUUGUUACAAAUUUCGCUUUCUUUCAGUAUAUUGUAUAAUUCAUUUAGGUACCUGCUUUAAAUAUGAAUAUAUCACGGAAAUAAAUGUAGGCUUAAUUGUUGUUAUUGUGCAUGUUCUGAUUUGUUUUUUUGCAAUACUUUUCUUUGAAUAUUAAAGAAGUUAUUACAACAGGACGUUCAAACCUUUAAAUAAUUAUUACCACAAAAAAACGAGGAUUAUCAUUUUCUAUCGUCGUUGAUAGGACUUUUUGUUUAAUUACGAAUCCACUUUAUUGGUUCUGUAUUAAACUGAGAGAUACUCGCCGUUUGCAUUAUACAGCCUAAGCAAUACUGUAUGAAUACCUUGUUGUACAUGUAUGUAAAUAAUUACUUUAUUAUACCAAAACUUACGCUUUGCAAUGUUAUAAUAAUGUUUUGUCCUGUAUUAUAGUAAAUUCUUUCCUGUUUUGUUGUGAAAGAAAUAAGGGAUAUAAUCUAGUCUGUCAUGACCAUGUUUAAUGUAUAGCCUUGUCUUUUAAAGGCACUACCUGUACAUUUCGAAUCCUACAUUUUUUAUAAUAAUCUUUUUACUCGAUUACCCAAACCAUUUUAUUUAUUUUAUUUCUCUUUAUUGUGAAGGAACGAAUAUAGAGGAAAUUCUAACUUAAACCAAUUUCAUACAGAUGUGAUUAUCUAUAUUAAGUGUUAUUGUUAUUUGUAAUUAAUAAAAACAAAAUAUAUCAAUAGUGUUAAAGAGGUACUGUGGAAGUAUAAUACAUAUACAUGUAUAAUGAAAAUUGGUUUCUUAAAAGAUGCGCAACUUUCAAGGUACAAGAUAAAUAUUCUUUUCAUGUAUCCUUGCCAGCAUUUGCUGAGUUCACAAGUAUAUCUUGUGUAACAUAUUGUAUUUCCGUUUUAUUGAGAAAUUUGCCGAUUACUUCUUUCUUCUUUUUGCCCCACUUUAUAGAUAACUUUGUGUAAAAUUGGAUGAAUAAAGAGCUCAAAAUGCAU